AUGGCGACCAAGAUCAGAGUGGUGCUGCGGCCGGUGAAGAGCAUCGUGGUUCGCUUCUGUCCUUUCGAGACCAAUGUGGAGAGCACACGAAAAUUUCUUCAGUGUAUAAACCAUAAAAAAAUCCAGGCCACUAACAGAAACUGUGAAGUGACUGCUGAUGUGAGACAUGACGGGUCUGAACCACUUGUAGAUGUUAAAUUUGCUGAUGGAGACCGUUUGAUAAUGAAAGGAGCCAACUUGACAACAAUAGAGAUGUUAUCAGCACUGGGGUCCAGAUGUAGUGCAAAAGACCUUAAGGAAGAACAGAAAAGCAAGAAGAGUGCCUGAAGAGCAGAAAACCAACUGUGUUUGCAUUUACAUGUGUUAAAACCAGCAGGCUGCGCAGAAGGCUUUUUCUCCUCUGCAACUAAAACUGAGAGAGAGAGAUGGCCAAAACACCAAGCAGUUUAACAUGCAGCACGAGGAACCACUUAAAUGUUGCCCACCUUCCUCUGAAGAAAAACACAGUGGGUCAACCAGUCUUCUAGCACUAGUGGGUCAGAGUGACUUAAGAUGCAUGAAUGCACCUUUCUAAACAUCUGCAUCAGUCGUCUGCAUGGCAGACUGGUAUCACAUGUAUUUGCAUAUGAAUGUGAUUAAUGCACAUUAGCUAUUAAAUUAAUAUGACAGAUGUCUUUGGACAUUAUUUCCUACAAAGUUUCUAUACA